CGCCUCGGGAGAGACCCUGCCUCACUGCUCGUAUAUGGCAAAGUUUCUCGCCAAGCUCUUGGGCUGCACGUUGCCGAGCAAGGGCGCCUCUCCCAUGUUUGAGUCCAAAAGUCACUCCCGCGUUGGCCUGAAAUCAAGCACCAAGCAAAAGACCACCAUUUUCAGCACAUUGGCCAGUGAGAAGUCCUUAUCUGACUGCAAAAAGGACCAGCAAUGGAAACCUUCGAUGUACGGCAGCAUGACUCCAAUCUGCUUUACAAGCCCUCUGAUUGAGAAGCCAGGUGGCAAAAUCUUCUUUCCAAGAAUCCAUAACUCUGAAAAAUCCACAGAAGCAGAUAGAAUUUUCCUGAGUGGACUGCCACGGACUGUUUGCUGCUUUGAAACAGUUGACUUCCCUGGAUGAUGAAGAGAUGUUUGUGUUGCAGAAUAAUUUACUGGAUUAUUAAAGUAUUUUUCCCUAACCAUUUCCAAACAGUUAGAAAGGCUUCGGGGCUCCUUUGCCUCAGGAUAGGUGUGUGUUAAGGAAAGCAGAAGUUCUCCUCAGACAACGUGCCUUUGUGAUUUUUGUUUCUAGAGGCCUGAACCCCUGAGGAAAUCAUGGUGGUGGGAGAGGAGAGAUGAAGGCGGUUGGAGGCGGGAGAAGUAACUGAGUGGAGACUCAGAGAGGGCAGGGCUGCUGCACAUAGUUCCAGUGAGGUGGCCGUGGCUGGGUGUCCCCGAAAGUCUGACUGCUAGUCUCUCAGCCAGGACAAAGGCCCAGGGAGGCCAGACCAGGGUGCUCCCGAGCUCCCUGCGUCCCCUGCCCAGAUUGGCACCACAGUGCACAACCCCUCGCCUUCAGGGGACACAGGUAACAAGAUGUAAGACAACCUUCCUCUCCUCUGAGGUUCAGUUUUCAAUAAGGUAGUUACACACUUCAGAGGCUGGUGUGUAAUUUCCUAGCAGCUGGACAUACUGUCUACUUCUGCUUUUUCCAGCAUCACUCGUGAUAUUUAGUUGACACCACCUCAAACUGUAUCUAAAUUUGUAUGUGAAUCAUUCAACUGUAUUUAUAAAACCCUAAGCUGCUUAUGAGAGAAAUA